GGUGCGAUCUCGGCUCACUGCAAGCUCCGCCUCCCGGGUUCACGCCAUUCUCCUGCCUCAGCCUCUCCGAGUAGCUGGGACUACAGGCGCCCGCCACCAUGCCCGGCUAAUUUUUUGUAUUUUUAGUAGAGACGGGGUUUCACCGUGGUCUCGAUCUCCUGACCUCGUGAUCCGCCCGCCUCGGCCUCCCAAAGUGCUGGGAUUACAAGCGUGAGCCACCGCGCCCGGCCCUUAGAGGCAAUCUUAAAAUAAGACUGGCUAGGAUUGUGACAAAGACACCGUCCACAUGCCUACUAGGUCAGUCACCUACAAAGCUGGCGAAUGAGGAAAAGAGGGAAGGCGGGGCUACGCUGGGAAAGCUCUUUGUUCCCUAUCCAUGCGCACAAAACAGUUGUCACAACGGACGUCACCAGCGGCGGAGCCUUUGGACGGAAGUGACGCUUGCGCGGCCGCGGCGGAGUCUUCAUAGAGGCGGGGCUGCGGAUGGCUCCGGUGUUCCUCUGAUUUCCGGACAUCUCCCUGAGAGUCGCGCAGAGUGGAGCCAGAGGCAACCAGUGCUCGCUGCGGUCUCUGGUGAUCGGGACCGCGGCGGCGGCCCCGCGGGCGGGAUGUUCCGUGGCUUGAGCAGUUGGUUGGGCUUGCAGCAGCCGGCGGCAGGCGGUGGGCAGCCCAAUGGAGACGCUCCACCCGAGCAUCCGUCCGAGACGGUGGCUGAGUCCGCGGAGGAGGAGCUGCAGCAAGCGGGAGACCAGGAGCUCCUCCACCAGGCCAAAGACUUCGGCAACUAUUUAUUUAACUUUGCAUCUGCUGCCACAAAAAAGAUAACUGAAUCAGUUGCUGAAACAGCACAAACAAUAAAGAAAUCCGUAGAAGAAGGAAAAAUAGAUGGCAUCAUUGACAAGACAAUUAUAGGAGAUUUUCAGAAGGAACAGAAAAAAUUUGUUGAGGAGCAACAUACAAAGAAGUCAGAAGCAGCUGUGCCCCCAUGGGUUGACACUAACGAUGAAGAAACAAUUCAACAACAAAUUUUGGCCUUAUCAGCUGACAAGAGGAAUUUCCUUCGUGACCCUCCGGCCGGCGUGCAAUUUAAUUUCGACUUUGAUCAGAUGUACCCCGUGGCCCUGGUCAUGCUCCAGGAGGAUGAGCUGCUAAGCAAGAUGAGAUUUGCCCUUGUUCCUAAACUUGUGAAGGAAGAAGUGUUCUGGAGGAACUACUUUUACCGCGUCUCCCUGAUUAAGCAGUCAGCCCAGCUCACCGCCCUGGCCGCCCAACAGCAGGCCGCAGGGAAGGAGGAGAAGAGCAAUGGCAGAGAGCAGGAUUUGCCGCUGGCAGAGGCAGUACGGCCCAAAACGCCACCCGUUGUAAUCAAAUCUCAGCUUAAAACUCAAGAGGAUGAGGAAGAAAUUUCUACUAGCCCAGGUGUUUCUGAGUUUGUCAGUGAUGCCUUCGAUGCCUGUAACCUAAAUCAGGAAGAUCUAAGGAAAGAAAUGGAGCAACUAGUGCUUGACAAAAAGCAAGAGGAGACAGCCGGACUGGAAGAGGAUUCUGCAGAUUGGGAAAAAGAACUGCAGCAGGAACUUCAAGAAUAUGAAGUGGUGACAGAAUCUGAAAAACGAGAUGAAAACUGGGAUAAGGAAAUAGAGAAAAUGCUUCAAGAGGAAAAUUAGCUGUUCCUGAAAUAGAAGAAUAAUUCUUAACAGUCUGCAAACUGACAUUAAAUUCUAGAUGUUGACGCUUACGGAAUCAGAAGGCAUAAAAGAGUAUAAUUUUAUGAAAUUCAAAAUUAUUCUUUUUUCAAGUUGAAACUUGCCUCUUCUACUUUAAAAAAGUAUAUAGAACAGUUACUUCUAAUAAUCAGAAAGAGGUGUUUUGUAGAACAUUUCUUUAAUAUAAAUAAAGUUAGAGAUGUCUUCGUAGGCAGUAUGGCUAUCUUUGCCACAGAAACAUAAGUAAAAUUUUAGAGUUCUGUUUUCCAUGAGGUCAGAAAUAUAAUUUAUUCCUCAGUCAUGGUUUUCUAAAUAUCUGUACUCCACAUUGCAUUUUAAUUGAUAUGUGGGUGUUAAAGUACCUACUUAAUGGGUUGAUUACUAUCAAAAUGACCAAAUUAUACCAAAGAACUUAAGAGGAAGCAAUUUCAGAACUAUUCGCCUGCCAAGUAUUUUCUAAAAUUCCACCUGAAAGCCAAAAGAUAAAAUAAAUAAGUUGAUUUUAAUGAUAUAAGCAUCACAGAAUUUUACAUUAAGAAAUACUGUGCAGGCCAUGCGUGGUGGCUCAGGCCUGUAAUCCCAGCACUUUGGGAGGCCAAGGUGGGCAAAUCACCAGAGGUCAGGAGUUUGAGACCAGCCUUGCCAACAUAGUGAAACCCUGUCUCUACUAAAAAUACAAAAAUUAACCGGGCAUGGUGACGGGCACCUGUAAUCCCAGCUACUAGGGAGGCUGAGGCGGGAGAAUCUCUUGAACCCGGGAGGCAGAGGUUGCAGUGAGCUGAGAUCGCGCCACUGCACUCCAGCCUGGGCAAUAGAGCGAGAUUCAGUCUCAAAAAAAAAAAAAAAAAGCUGUGCGAAAAUAUUUGUUUUUCUCUGGGGCCUUUUCUUUCUUUCCUUUUUAAACUAUACCAGAAAUUUUACAUCACAGUUUUUAUACAAAGUAGGACCUUCCAUACUUUUUGUAUUAUAAUAACCUUCAGAAGCCCAUUCCCCUUAAAGUCUGUUGUUCUUGUUUUAAUCAUCACCACAUAUAAAUGUUUUAGCUUUGUCUUAAACCGUGAGUCUUCAUAAAAUUGUGUUCCUCCGAGUUCACCUUCUAGGACUUUAUUGAUUAAUCCUUCUCUUUCUGCUACACCAGCAGACACAUGUUCAUAGAAUAUGAUUAUUUUUAAAGAACAAGGUGAGGAGGCUGAGGCAGGAGAAUCGCUUGAACCCGGGAGGUGGAGGUUGCAGUGAGCUGAGAUCACGCCACUGCACUCCAGGCUGGGUGACAGAGUGAGACUCCGUCUCAAAAAUAAAUGAAUGAAUGAAUGAAUGAA